UGUAUCAAAAAAAUAUCACUUUGUUGCUCUUCCUCCCAAGCAAAUCCCCACACUCCAUCCCUAGCAGCCGGCAGGCGGCACUCCGCGGCAGACCGGAGAAGGCAAAGAGAGGAAACAAAUGCCGGCAGCUCUUUUCUCCUCCUCUCUCCUGAGUCUCCCCCCUGCCCUCUCUCUCCAAAAACCCACACCAUCAUCAUCAUCAUCAUCGUCGUCAUCAUGCUCGCUGCUCAAGCUCUCCUCUCGUUCUCCUCCUUCCUAUAACAUCGCCUCCUUCCGACGACGCUCUUGCGCUUCCCGACGCUUCUACAGCCCACAGGGAGACCGUCAUCCUCCACCCUUCCCUCCUCUAAUAACAGCAGAUCCUGAAGCGAAGGGCGACGCUUGGGAUCCGUCACGGCACGAGGCCCUUCUCAAGGGGGGCGAGCAGGUCGUCUCCCUGCUUCAGGAGAUGCUCAAACUGUUGGAGGACAUGGAGAUGGACGAGGCAUCAGAGCCGAUGGCGGUGGAGAUAGUAGCACAGGGGGUUAUCGGGAAGAGGGUGGAUGAGAUGGAGUCUGGGUUCAUGAUGGCUCUCGACUACAUGAUCCAGAUUGCUGAUAAGGAUCAUGACGAGCAGCGCAAGUCCAUUCUAGAGGUGAUCAAGCAAACAGUUUUAGAUCAUCUCACAAAGAAGUGCCCUCCACACGUUCAGGUGAUUGGUCUUCUAUGCCAAACUCCUCAAAAAGAAAGCAGACAUGAAUUACUACGGAGAGUAGCUGCAGGUGGAGGCGUAUUUAAAAGUGAGAACGGCCUUAAAGUUCAACUUCCAGGAGCAAAUCUUAAUGACAUUGCUGACCAGGCUGAUGAUUUGCUGGAGAAUAUGGAAUCACGACCUACUCUUCCUGAUCGAAAGCUGUUGGCAAGACUUGUUUUAGUCCGAGAGGAAGCUCGAAAUAUGAUGGGGGGUGGGCUAUUGGAUGAAAGAAAUGAUCGUGGUCUCAGUACACUCCCUGAAGCAGAGGUGAACUUCCUGAGCAAACUAGUUGCUCUGAGACCAGGAAAAACUGUCCAAAAAAUGAUUAGUGAUGUGAUGCAUGGGAAAGAGGAAGGUGCUGAUAACCUGGAAACUGGGGAUGAUGAAGUUUCUGAUGGCAGACAAAAGAAUCUAAGUGGAGUAGCUGGAAGGGGAAGUGUUACAGGCCGUAGGCCGCGCCCUGUUCGACCUGGUAUGUUCCUGGAGACAGUUUCCAAGGUCUUGGGUGGGAUAUAUGCAGGAAAUGUAUCCGGAAUCACUGCACAACAUCUAGAAUGGGUGCAUCAAAAGACGCUUGAAAUUCUUCAAGAAAUGGCCUACUGACUUCAUGAAAAUGAUCCUUAGCCUAUGUCCCCACUGUAUCCCAUCUUCGUGGGUUGAGAGAAUCUUUCCAGAUUUGAAGAAAUUUGAUCCAGUGGUUUCAAGAUGAAAUGCUUCUGCAUAGAGAAAACAUUUCAGAUGUCUAGAACCUGGUCGAGACGCCAAGCACAUGUUUAGUUUUAUCGCUUCAUCGACAGCUUUUACUGGUACGACGAGAACUCGGCAGUGUCAUUAUGGACCCACCCAUCGGUGGUGAAAGUUGAUCAUGCGAAUGCCGACCUAAACAGAUGCCUUUCAUCAUCAUAUGUAAAUCAACUGUAUCAUAGUACUUCAGUUAGUACCCCUUUCUGAUUGGAAAGAAGAUGACUACUUUGGAUUGUAAGUUAUCCACUUAGUCAUGUAAUGCAGGUGUGACUGAUAUUUUAAUGGAUAGGUUAAGACUUCUUGUAACUUUAUAGCCGGCAAAAUGAAUGUCAAAUUCUUUUCUCUAGUCAA